AUGGAAUAUGCUCAAAAAUACGCUUCUCAAAGCCAACAAAUAAGUGAUGAAAUUUUAAAUUCUGGGAUUUCCCACAGCUUAAAUUAUAGACAAACAGUAUUCAAGAAAACCAAUCAUAUUACAGAAAAAAUCCACGAAGAAAUCCAAAAGCUAAACAAGUCAAUGGACGAAAAGAAUAACGCAAAUAAAAUAGCUUAUAAACAGCCUAGAAAGGUUUCUCCAACAAAUCCUUCACAAACCUUAUUUCAAGCUUAUGCAAAAGUAUCAAAACAUAAGCCAAGAAGAUAUAAAAACUCUAGCGUAGAUAACGAUUACGACUUUGCAGAUCUUCUAGAAGAGAAAUGCAGCUCCCAUAACAGCUCAAGCCUAGAUAUUCAAGCUUCAUCUUAUCCGUUGACACCAUUAAACCCUGAACUCGAAGCGAAGCUUCGAGUAAUUGACUAUUUCAGCAAAAAUGAAAAAAAUCAUCAUAGACAUCAUCGUCAAUAUUCCUCACCAAGAACUGCAGUAAAGAUAAGGAAAAAAACACCUGUAAAAAUUAAUGGAAUGCAGUUUCCUAAUCUUUCUGUAUUACUUGUACAAGAAGAAAAUAAAGCGAAGUGCAAUAACUGCAGACAUACAAAUUGUAAAUGUACAAUUCAAGGUUUAGAUAAAACAGCGACAGAAUGACUGAAUAAUAAAAAAGAUAUGAGGAAGAAACUACUAGACGAAAUCCAAAUAUUUGUGAAGAAAAACGAUACAAGGCAAAGAAGCAUGAGAAGCUUGGAGUCAAGAAUUUGUAGUAAUAAGUCUAUGAGCCCGAAAAAAGAAAAAAAUAGUUGUCCUGCUGAUAGAUAA